UCUCGCUCGGCUGAGCGAGCGAGCGAGCGAGCAGAGCUCCCUCCCUCCGUCUCUCCUCCCCGUCCCUUGGCCUCCCUCGCGGCUAUAAAAAACACUCGCCUCCCUCCAAUCCCUCUUCCCCGACCCGAUCGAUCCCACCCCCACCCCAGCCCGCCCCAUACGGCGACAAUCGCCGACGCCGACCGAUCCGGCCGCCGCGCGGAGCAGGGGAGGAGCCAGCCUCGCGUUUCGGGCCGGCCAGAGCGCGCGAUGCGUCCGGGCGGGCCGCCGAACGCGCGGCCGGGCCUGCAGCAGCAGCAGCCCGGCACGCCGGGCCGGGCGCGGCGCCGGCCGGAUCUCACGCUGCCGCUGCCCCAGCGCGACCUGACGUCGCUGGCCGUGCCGCUGCCGCUGCCCCCGCCCCCGUCCUCGGCGCCGUCGUCCACGUCGUCCUCGGGGUCGGGGUCGGGGUCGGGCGGCGCGUCGUCCAUGCCCAUGCCCAUGUCCAUGACCCCGCCCAACUCGGCCGGCUCCGCGCCGCCCGCCCCGCCGCCGCUGGGCGAGCUGGAGCGCGUGCGGCGCGUCGGGAGCGGCGCCGGCGGGACGGUGUGGCUGGUGCGGCACGCGCCCACGGGCCGGGCCUACGCGCUCAAGGUGCUCUACGGGCACCACGACGAGGCGGUCCGGCGGCAGAUCACGCGGGAGAUCGCCAUCCUGCGCACCGCGGAGCACCCGUCCAUCGUGCGCUGCCACGGCAUGUACGAGCAGGCCGGCGAGCUGCAGAUCCUGCUCGAGUACAUGGACGGCGGGUCCCUGGACGGCCGGCGCAUCGCGUCCGAGGCCUUCCUCGCCGACGUAGCGCGGCAGGUGCUGUCGGGGAUCGCGUACCUCCACCGGCGCCACAUCGUGCACCGCGACAUCAAGCCGUCCAACCUGCUCAUCGACUCGGGGCGGCGCGUGAAGAUCGCCGACUUCGGGGUGGGGCGCAUCCUGAACCAGACCAUGGACCCCUGCAACUCCUCCGUCGGCACCAUCGCGUACAUGAGCCCCGAGCGCAUCAACACGGACCUCAACGACGGCAACUACAACGGCUACGCCGGCGACAUCUGGAGCUUCGGCCUCAGCAUCCUCGAGUUCUACCUGGGCCGCUUCCCGCUGGGGGAGAACCUGGGGAAGCAGGGCGACUGGGCGGCGCUCAUGUGCGCCAUCUGCUACUCCGAGUCGCCGGCCGCCCCGCCCACGGCCUCCCCGGAGCUGCGGAGCUUCAUCAGCUGCUGCCUCCAGAAGAACCCGGCGAAGCGGCCGUCGGCGGCGCAGCUGCUGCAGCACCGGUUCAUCGCCUCGCCGCCGCAGCAGCAGCCGCAGGUCCUCGCCGCCCCGCCGUGCUGACGGCCCGCCCGCCGUAACCAAGUUAAAUUCGGACGGAUCAUGGACGGACGGACGGACGGACGGACGGUGGCCGGCGGCGAGACGCGGGAUCUAGGGGGAGGAGGGGCGAUCUGUCUUCUUCUUAGCCAUUUUGGGAACUGAAGCCACCACCACAAAUUUACCCAUCCAUCCCUCGGAGUCCUGUUGUUGCUGUCGCCCCCGAAAUUAAGCUCAAGCUUUUUCUUUAGUUUCCGUUAAUGUCAAUUAAAUGUUCUCCCCUCCAAAUGAUUCUGAUUCUGAUUCUGAUUCUGAUGAUGAUGAUAUAAUAUGGGCCGUUAAGAAAUCAA